CAUCACUGAUGGGCACUGAAAGGCAGCACUGAUGCAUGGCACUGAUAGGCAGCACUGAUAGCACUGAUAGGUGGCACUGACUGGCACUGAUGGGUGACACUGAAAGGCAGCUCAGAUGGGCACUGAUAUGUGGCAUUGAUGUGCACUGGUGUGCACUGAUAUGUGGCACUGAUGGGCACUGGCACGAGACACUGACAUAAGGCACUGAUGGACACUGACAGGUGGCACUGCUGAGGCAACACUGAUCAUCAGGGCACACUGAUCAUCAG